UCUUUUCGCCCACAGAUGCUGAAGUGGACGGUAUCAAGAUCCUUGUCGACGACCAGUUCGACACCUCAUGGUCCACCCACCUUGAACAAGGCACCCCGCCGACCUUUUCGAGACUUGUCCAAUACACCGCCAACCUCGGCUAACUGUCGAAACAUACAGGUAUCUACUCAAAAUGCAUCGAACACAUCCAGAACGACACCAGCUCGAAGAAAAAGAUGCAGAAGUCAUGGAACCGACUUGAGGACAUAUUUUCAAGCAACAAAGCCACACUUAAGGUCUAGCAAGCGUCAAUCCAUGUCACAGGAAGUGGAGAAUUCGACCACCGAAAGCUUCUACCAAAGCACGCCGAGGGUGGACACGGACAUUGGUCCGCUCACGUAUUAUCCACCCGGCAGCAAGUGUUCCACCGCAUUGACUCUACCAACGGACCCCGCGCUCUUCAUGAACAGUCGCGCCAAGAACUUUCAGAGCGACAACGAGCUACCGCAGAAUGUCGUGAACGAGGCUCGAGCGAAUCUGCAGUCGCACGUCUCUGACUUCUUCCAGCAAAUUUCGAUGGCAACCAGUCCCGAAGACGUGAUGGAGGCAGGCUCGAUGCCGUUGGGGGCGAAGACGAAGAAUUAUCCUCAAAAUAGUGAGCCAAAGACACGGAUGGUGAAGACGCCAUAUCUUCCGAAGCUGGCGAAGAUUACGAAAAUUCACGCACGAUGUAAAACGCCUUAUCAUACUAAACUGGCUCAAGCAAUCAGUCCAUUUAAACCAAAAGGGGCUCAAGGACAGACGCCACUCGUCGGCAAACUGUCAAGUCUCACCAUAGAUCAGGAUUUACCGAAAUACGAGAAUAUGGACAAUACUGUGACGGAGGUGCUUCAUAGAGAAAAAGAAGUCAAUUUUGGAAGCAAGACUGUGGCCGAGAUUUUACUGGGCGACGCCGAGGAAAGGACCAAGAUUUUGGAAGCAUCGUGUGAGAAGCGACCAGAUUCAAAGAUGACAGAUCACACGUACGAGACUAUCGCAGAACAGGACGAAAUAGUGGAAGAAGAAUCUCCUGCACGCAACGACAGUUCUAUAUCAUCGGUCAGUCAACUCCUAGAAGACCCUUCGCCAGUGUCCUGGGCAUUCGCGUCACCUCUCAACGAUCUCGAGGGUGAGUUCACGCUGAAGAGGCAGCGCGGCAUUCGACGGAAACGUCCGCGAAAGGACGGCGACAAGACGGUGGAGGGUAAACGAGCAAAGAGAACGUGCAGUCCUGCCACAAAGGAUCAGGACGGCCUGAUCGAGGCUGUCAAUCCAAAUGUGAAAAAACUUGCGUUAGAAACCGAUCUCGACUCGACUUUGGACGAGAAGCAUGUGCCAGCUAUGAAGACGUCUUUCCUCCGCGAAGACCGCAAGGAGGAGGAUACCAGUAGAAAGACCAAUUCCUGGGACCUCGAUAGUCCCAAGUCGUCCAUGAUGGAUGACCUACAGAGCUCGAAAUCAUUCGUCACUUCUGUGUCCACAACUCCGGAGGUUCCGUUGGUUGCAACUGUCAGGAGGUGCUUGAAGUUCAGCCCCGAAGACGAACUACCGACAAGAUCUAACUGUCGUGGAUCGAUCGAAAUAGAGUGCUCUCUCGUAGCGGAGCAAAUACACGUUCGAGUGAUAAGGUGCAAAGACCUGCGGCGGGCGUACGAGGGACCGGUGCACGCGUACGUGAAAGCGAGUCUGAAGAACAUCAGUGGCGAGGGUGUCGUCAAGAGGACUGCGGUUCAUCGUGCCACGCCGAACCCGGUGUUUCGCGAGACCCUGAUACUUCCCUGCCCGGCGUACAACAGUCACUGCACCGGUCACAGGCCCACGUCCCUGGACAUCGCCGUCUGGCACCGGGAUCGUCGUGCGAGACGUAGCGAGCUGCUGGGCUGCAUGACUCUUCCUCUGCCUCUGUCCCAAGAUAAGGAAGCAACAUGGCACCCUCUAGAAGCCGGAUCCGUCCGAAACACAAGCACUCCUUUUGCGAGCGUACCUCAGGACUGCGUUGUAUCGCCACCCUUGUCCAGAGACGGCGAGACAGAUAAUAAUAACUCAGGAACGGACGAUUUGAUGUACCUGCGGCACUUGGAGCUGGAACCGGUCGAUCCUCUGACGGGCCUACCUCUACAUCCGGGCUUUACCGCGAAGGGUGGCAGAACGCCCUGUACUAUCACGAGAAGACUGAUAAGGCAAACCUCAGUCAAUUUGAUUCCAUGGGGAUUUUCAUUAUCGUGGGGCAGACCUCCGCGGGUAGAACGCGUGGAUCCGGGAAGUCCGGCGGAACGAUCCGGCCUACGACCAGGCGACCAUGUGGUCUUCGUCGAGAUGAUGAACGUCGUAACGAGACCUAGAGAUGAGAUCCUGGGUCUCAUUCAGGCCGCCACGAACCAGUUGGUGCUCGAGGUGUAUCGCAAGGGCGGUGCCCAUUCAUCCAGCGCUCAUCACAGGCCCAGUUCGGUCAAUGCCAAUCUUCAACAUUCCUCCGUCGGUCCCAAUAGCCAACACGUCACGUUCAACGCCGAGGUCUUCCCGAAUUUGGCACCAGACGCGCCACCCGAGGAGGAGCUGUCCGUACGAGAAAGCAGAUACUGCGGCGUUCUGAAGAGUGGCCACACGCGCUUUAUGGUACCGUUGUGCGAGCGACGCGAUGUGCUAUCGGCAGCGGACUACCUGAUUCUGUUUCAAAAUCUGGACGAGCUACUCAAGCUGUCGGAGGAGAUUAGAGACGAAGGCGGCGGUGUCGAUAGCUAUCUCUGCAGAGUUCCUAAAAUCACAGCUGCCUAUCGAAGAUACCUCAGUGGCCUACAACGUGCCUGUUGCCUCCUGGUCGCCCUCAGACGGAACACGGCCUUCGCCAAACUGGUUUGCGAACCUGCCGUGCCGCACAAACGGCGUCCCGACCUCACCGGGGUGCUGCUGCUACCCUUAGAGCACUACAGAGAGAUGACGAGAUUGUUGGGUCAGGCGUCUCCGCGAAAUUGUCAGCAAGCGAGAGACUUAGCCCAAGGCUACAGAGAAGCCACAGCUAACGCGGGAGUGAUGGAACCACCGCGAGACACUGGAAGGCCUCUACUAAGUCUACAAGAAGUGGAGUCUCGAUUAGUAUUUGCAAGAUGCAAGCCGUUUACCUUAGCAAUGCCAGGAAGACGAUGGCUCUUUGGCGGUGCCCUCGCUAAAGUAGAAGGUCGAGCACGUCUGCAGCCGUCCUGGGCGCUGCUAUUGACUGAUCUCCUAGUGUUUGCGCGGGUUUCUCGUGACCGCGUGCUCUUCGUCACCGAGGAACCUCUGCGACUGUCCAGCAUUGCCGAGGCGUGCUUCACCGUGCGAAAAAGACCAACGGAGUUUCGGCUGCAGGUCGUCAUAAACGCAAACGGCAACGCGGAGAACGGUCACGUGGAGAUGGUGAACAGUGGCGGUUGCAGUCCUCAUAGUCGACCCCGAAGACGUGUACUAAUUCUACGAGCGCCCACGCCAGAGCAGAAAGCUGUCUGGCAUAAUCUUCUACAACGGCAAAUAAUCUAUGUGAAUACAGGCUGCGGCUUGGGUUCAUCGGAUCAGGAUAGUCCAGAAGAGAAUCCACUUGCCGGUAAUUUCGCCACGACUAAAGAGUCUACGGAAAGUCCGCAGAUCACGAGAGAGACUCAGCAACCUGAUGAAGAGGAAAAGGAGUCACAGUCUGGCGAGAGUUUGGAUACAAUUCUGAAGCAUUCCCGGGAGAAUAAUCACCUAGCUCAGUGGGUGCGUAAUUCGCACCAGAUUCCUCCUCCGGAUCACGAAGGGUCUCUUGAAGAGUGGACGGCCGAAGAGUUAGCGGCCAGAACACCCCGGGAAAGCACCAGCAGGUCAACUAGCCAGGACACGGAGGAAGUCGCCACAGGAAAUUCCGACGCGGAGCAACAUAGCACUACGUCGAGCGCUAGUUUGAGUACUGUGAAAUCAAAUAGCAUAAUACGAAAAAACGGGAGUUAUAUAUCUUCAAAAGAGAACUCUAUGGGUUCUAUCAGUAUUUGCCGAAGAUGUCACAGAUCAGGAUGUCCUACGCCACCAUUGCAGAGAGACCCGUUUUCUCCGUUGCCUCCGAAAAUCUCAGUUGUUCCACCGACUCCUGAUCUUUGCAAGAAACACAGACUACGAAAUGGAUUGCACGACAGUCCGGGACGUAACAGUCCCAGUUAUACGCCAGCAGAUGGUAACACCGAGGAUGGUAGCGAAGAUGAUCUCGACUGUGAUGGAGAACCUCCUUACAGAGCAUUGAGACGGUUUGGUACGAUGAGCAGCUUAGAUCAGGAUGACGAGCUCGACGAACAAGGGGAUGAUGACAAUAGGGACUCGGAGUCGCCGCCUUCCGGUUUGAGAGCGUGGACCGCUCGAGCGAGCAGCUACGUUGUCAGUAAAAUGGUUUUGUUAGAGCAACUCAGUGAAGGUGUCGGUGGGUAUCUUCUUCAACCGCCCGUACCACCAGAGCGAACUGAAUUCUCUUUGGAUCCGAAUGACGAGGAGGGCACUACAUCCGGAGCAACUUCCGGUGAUGACAUUUGGGGCACGCCGACCUCCGGGGGACCGGACGACGAGAGCUUUACCGCCAACUCGCCGCCGCCGAACGGCUGCAGCAGCAGCAGUGCGGGCGGCGCCGGUGCCAUUGGCGAGGACAACUACGGCCUAAACCUGUCGGUGGAGGACGACGCCGAUCAGGAGUCGGAGAACGAGGAUUGCUCGCUGCCGGAGCUGAGCAUGGAUCAGCUGUUGGGCGGUGGCGGUAGUCUGAGCUCGCUACGCUGCUUCCUGGGUAGGAGACGGCUCGAGCCGUUGCCCGAGGAGGAGGACUCGUCUGGCAGCGGCAAGCACCAGGUCGGAUGGUGGUGACAGCGGUUUCAAGCGACGUCCAAGUCGGGCAUCGGUGCGAACGCGGACGAGCGCGACCGCGUCUUCGCCAAGCUGAACCAGGAGGACGAGGAGUUCCGCCGGAAGAUCGUCGACCUGCACCGUAAGCUGUCCGACGUGGACGCGGAUGGCGCGAGGCGACCAGACGGGACCGGCUUCGAAUCGCCCAAGAUCUCGAAGGAGGCCGAACGUCUGAUGGAGUUGGAGUCCGUCGCAAGGAGAGCGGAGGAAACCAAUUCGCGCAACGCCGAGAAGAUGAAAGCGGAGAGGAGGCUAGAGGUGUUGCGCAGGGAGGACUCGGACGAAAUGAGCGAUAGAAGAAGGUACAGAAGCAGAA